AUGCAAUCCAUCCUCCAACGAGGCCGCUCAUUCUUCACCCCGACCCCCUCGGCAACCCCGCAGGACAGGAGUCCCAAAGACAGUCCCAAACCCCAGGAGGAGGAAAAUGAUGAUGAUAACAAUACGCCAUCGGUCGAUACCCUGUUUCCCAAGACCGACCCCGCCAUAGACGGCGAAGAAUGUCUGCACGACUGUGCGUCCUGCACAGUGAAAUACCCCGCUAAAUUCGAUGUCGAUCAGGAAGAUACCAUGUACGGGAAUAUAAAUGGCUGGUCGACGCAUGUGCUGGUUGCGACUGGGAAGGCGGAUUGGGUGAGGGAUGUUGCGGAUGAAGAGGGGAGUGUUAUGGAAGCGAUUGAGAAGGGGGGGCUGGUGCCUAGUAAUGGGAAACUGAAAUUGUCCGCCUCCAAUAUGCCUGUCCCGGAUGAAUAUCAUUAUCAUGAUGCGGGGAAACAACCUACGACUGUGUUGCUUCUGCCCAGGUUUACUAUUGUCGACCAUGUCACGCCGCAGCUGGCCCCGGAUUUGAUCAAGUAUUUUGUGAAUCGCUCGCCGACGACUACUACCCCGUUGGUUGGUGGAAACAGCAAUGAUGAGAGUGAGCAACAACAACAACAGCAGCCCUCGACUGAAGAACAGCAACAAGAAAAAGAAGAAGAGAACAUCACCGACAUCCAAUCCCUCACCUCCCUCCGCUCCCGUCCCUCUCCUCACUCCGCCGUCAUCCUGCUCUGCUCCCACCGCACCCGCGACGCCCGCUGUGGACAGUCCGCUCCGCUCCUGCGCAAGGAAUUCGAGCGCCAUUUGCGCCAUCUAGGCCUGUACCGUGACAUGGAUGAUGAGAGGCCUGGAGGUGUGGGAAUCUACUUUAUCAACCAUGUGGGUGGACAUAAGUAUGCGGCCAACGUGAUUAUCUAUCGGAGACGGGACUUUGAGUGGUAUAAGAAGACGGAGGGGACUGAGGAGGAAGAGGGCGCGGCGCAGGGUAUCUGGCUUGCGAGGGUGAGACCCCAGGAUUGUGAGAAUAUCGUGCGGUAUACGGUGUUGCAAGGGAAGGUGGUUAAGCCUGGGGAGCAGUUGAGGGGUGGGUUUGAUAGAGAGAGGGGGGUUACUAGUUGGUAA